UCUCAAAUGCCGGGAAGUUUAGCAAAGCUACGGUCACAUGGAGGGAAAAAGAAGCCGGAGAACAGUAAAUGAUACAACUUUAUCCACAGCAGAUAUGGUUUCUACUGUAUUUUUCCUAUUUAUUUUUUUACUUUGUGCGACAAAAGAUGUUACGACACAUAGAUUAAAUGUACCGAGAGUUUUGUUACCUGUAUUUAAUGAUUUUGCUAUAAAUUUUACUCUUGAAGUAACGGAUGGCGGCUGUUAUCAAUGGUCAACAUCUCGUUUGGAUAUUAUUCAACUCAUUCCUAUAAGUGAAAAUUUUGAUAAAAGUUGUUCUUCGAGUAUUAUGAUACAAACUAUUACUAGAGAAUCAACACGAAAUACAGCUAUAGUUUUGGCAGAGGACGUUAACACAGGACAAUUGUUACGCUGUGAUGUUAUAGUAGAUGCAAUAUUUUCUUUAAAUCUUGUUACUACAACGCGAGAGUUAUAUAUCGAAGAAGCACCUGAAGCUUUUGAAGUACGAGCUUACGACGAACAAGGAAAUGAAUUUACAACAUUGGCCGGAGUUGAAUUUUUAUGGAACAUUGGUAAUGCUGAUAAACGUACACAAUCUGAUAAUAAAAUUCCUGGUAAUGUAUUACGAUUUUUAACGUAUCAGGAAUCACAAUAUGAAACACCUCUGACGGUGAUUGAUCUAGAUGCGGCUGGUAAAAAAGGCCAUAUAGUACUUUUAGAAGGAAUUCGUACUGGUACAGCAAAGGUUUCUGUGAAGUUACCUUAUCCAGAAUAUAAACAUGUCCCACCGAUAGAAGUUGAAUUAAUUGUUAUAGCUAAUCUAAUUAUUAUUCCUUCAGAAGUUACAAUGAUGCAAUAUGAUAAUUUCAAAUAUAAAAUAAUGCAGGUUCAUCAAGGUCGUUUGGAAAUAAUCAAUCUUCCUUCUAGUCAAUAUUAUUUAGAAGCUGAAAAUCCAGACAUGUUAAAAAUUGAUAAUGAUAUAAGUACUGCUUAUGCGCUUUUGUUAGGCAGAACUAAAGUAUUUCUACAUGAUAAAAAUGUUCGAGAUGAAUAUCCAGUCAUUUUACCUUCUGCUGUGGUCAAUGUAAAUACUGUAACAUAUAUUUCUCUGGCAGUUUUACCAAAUAGAAAUUGGGGAUUGAUUUUAGGACAAAUGCAUGAAAUCAUUGUUGAAUUAUACGAUAAUAAAGAUCACAAAUUUCAUAUUGGCGACGGUAUUGAAGUAUCUAUUAAAGUGGACGAGAAUUAUUUUGAUCCAAAAUUUGUAUCACAAAAUGGAACUUAUCUUGUUGGUGUUCCUAUUACUUGCGGAACAAUGUUAGUACAAGCUUCUUUAUAUGGAAUAACAGAUAAGUAUGGAAAAAAAAUUGCUCUCCCUUCACCACUUUCUACAGAAGCAGAACUUGUUAUACACACGCCUGUAACAAUUCGUCCUCAUGUAUUAGCUGUUCCAUGGGAUUCUAAAAGUAAAUCACGAUAUGACAUAGCUUUAAAAGCGAAUGGUGGUGAUGGUUCAUAUGUAUGGAUAAGUAGGCAUUCAUCCAUAGUAACAGUUUCUCAAAGUGGAGGUAUAAGAAUUUUGGCCCCAGGUUCUUCAGAAGUAAUCGUUGCAAUGUCAAGAAAUCAAUAUAAUAAAGAUACAGCAAAAAUACAUGUAUUACCUCCAUCAAAAUUGAAAAUCAUAGAGUAUAGUAUCGAGGCAGCUGUCGGUGAACCUAUACAUUUGCAUAUUGCUUUAUAUGGAAAAUUAACUAAUGGAUCAGAUAGCAAAGAAAUUCCAUUUAAUGAUUGCAGAGAUAUCAAUUUUGAAACAUUUAUUCCUGAUGGUAAUUUUGCACAGAAUUUUAGCAAAGAUGUACAACCUAUUGGAGUGUCAUGUGCUGUAAUUACAAUUAUAAGUUCAAGCGUUGGUAUAUCUCAAGUCACUGUAGCGUACAAUGCCAAUGGACAAUAUUUAACAGAUAACAUAACUGUGUCGGCGUAUGAACCAUUGAUAGUUGUACAUCCUAAAAAUAAAGAAACGUUACUUGCCGUUGGUUCUUCCAGAAAAAUAAUAUUCAAAGGUGGUCCUCAUCCGUGGUCUAGUAAGCCACAAAGUUAUUCACGUAAAAUGCAAAGUUCUAAUGAAAAAAUUGCCGAAAUAAUAGAGCAUACACAUUCGUUAAGUAUAUCGUACGAUAUAUCUGUAUUCGAGGUACUCUGCAAAGCAUUGGGAGAAGUAAUCUUAACGUAUACAGUAUCGAACGUUCCUCUUUUACCAAAUUGUAAAACUACUUAUGCAGUGCAAACAACACGAGUUACUUGUGGAAAACCAAGAUAUAUUUAUCUUCAACCAGAAGUUAAAGAUAGUAAUAGCUGUCCGCUCAAACAAAAUUCAGAUAAAAUAUUAGCUCACAGUGAUAAAAGUCAAAAAUUUAUUAUAAUGGUAAAGGACGAAGAUGGCAGGCAAUUCGAUAACAUUACGAGUUUAAAUAUCGAAUGGAAUAUAAAACCUUCUGCUGCUGGCCAUAUGGAAAUUUCAACUGGUUCUGUAGAGGAAACGUUUACAGAUAUGCAAGUAGUUUUGCCAAAGAGACAUUAUCAAAAUAUUAUAUUUACAAAACGUUUUGGAAUAUUUACGAUAUGUGCUAUAAUAACUGGAUAUCAAAAGCAUAUUCUUGGAAAAUUACGAAUAACGCCAGAAUGGCCGGCAUUUCCUGUUCAAAAUGAUAAAGGAAUUAUCGAAACACCUUUAAUAGAGAAUUGCGUUGAAAUAACAUUGGUAAAUGAUACAAUCCUUAGUCCAAAUAAAUUAAUCAUUUUAAAUGAUCCAAAUGGAAAGUAUUAUUUACAAGUUAAUCAAGGUUCUGGAUAUUACGAAUUUAUUUUAAGUUCAAAUGAUGUCGCUGAUGUUCGAUACAUGGAACCAACAAAAGUAAUCAGUGUUACACCGAAAAAAGCAGGAACAGUUCAUAUAGCAUUAAGAGAUCUUUGUUUACCAUCAAAGGAAGCAGAAGCUAUUAUUGAAGUUCAACAAUUAGCUAUAAUAGAGACAGACGUUAUCAAUAAGAUCGAAAAAGGAAAAUGUGUAAUAGCUGCACUUAAAUUAUUAGAUACUAAUGGAAAUGUAAUAAAAUUACCAUCUUUAAAUGCAUUAAAUUUUAAAGCUAAAUACGAAAAUAAAUAUAUUGAGAUCAAGCAAUUAUCUCUGAACGAGCAUGGUAAUCCGCCGUACGAUCAAAUGCUGUAUAAAGUUUCUGGUGUUAAUGAAGGUGAAUCACAAUUAACUUUCGUUAGUGAAGCACAUGAACAGGAAAUACAAAGUGAACCAAUUUCGAUUCAAGUAUUUCUUCCUUUAAAAAUACAUCCAAAAAAUCUAACAAUAUUAAUUGGAACAAUCUAUCAAAUUCAAACGAUUGGCGGUCCUACGAAUGCAGAAAUUGAAUUUUCAACAAAAAAUAAUGAAAUCUUAAGUAUCGAUCAUAAUGGGGUUUUUGAAGGUAAAUCGAAUGGACAAACAAAAAUUAUUGCAAGGGCCAUUGGUAUUAAUGCAAAAGGAAAUAAAAUUAUUUAUUCCGAAGAUUAUACUACCAUUCAUGUAUUAUAUCUUGAAGGAAUAAAAAUUGUUACGCCUGUGACGCGUGUUAAAGUGGGAGGUACUUUUCCACUUUGGGCAUUUGGUAUCCCAGAAUAUUUAACACCACUUAUAAUAGGAUCUAUGCAGUUGCCAUUAUCUUUUUCAUGGUCUUCUAGUGAUUCUACCUUGUUAAGUUUACAUAAUAUGUAUGAAGGGACAGGAAUUAAUAUUCGAUAUCAAAAUGAAGUAUCAAUAAGAGCAAGAGCACUGGAAGCUGGUUUAAUAACUAUUUAUUUAAAUGUGACAGUACCAUCUAAUGUAUUAACCGGUCUUAGAAAUGAAAUGACAUAUACUACAUUUGUGAAAAUAGAAAUUUUCGAAGAAUUACAUUUAAUUAAUCCUGCUUUACCAAGUGGCUCAUCUGUGAUAUUAAUGUCGCCAAAUUCAAUGUUAAAAUUACAAACAAAUUGGGAUAAGCACGGAUCAGUUACGUAUCAAAUUAUAUCGACUACGCAACAAAAUAAUUCUAAGGAUCAGAAUGCUUUAAAUUUACCAUCAAAAACUUUUACUGUUGACAAUGGGAUCAUCAAGUCAGGCGACCAUUUUGGAAGAACUAUUAUUUCUAUCACAAACGUAGAAACAUAUAAUGUAAAACAGACAUUAACCGUCAUUGUCGAUGUUAAACCGAUUCAUUACAUGAUGCUUUCUUUACAUUCAAAAUUACGUAUUAGAAAUGGAGAAGAAUUGAAUAUGUUACCCAAAGGAAUGGAAUUGGAUUAUAUUGUAGAAUAUUAUGAUAAUGUUGGUAUGAAAUUUCAUGCUGCUGACACCAACGUAAAAACUACAUUAAAUCGCGUUGAUUUGGCAACGUUUACAACUAAUCCUGGAAAUUUAAUAACUACUAAAUUUAUUGAAAACGGAGAAUUAGUUGUUAAAAUAUUUAGUGAUAAAUAUCCUCAGGGAAUGUUUGAUUAUGUACAUAUGAGACUUGGUGAUAUAGUUUUUCCAACAAAGACUACUUUGACUGUAGGUGAUAUUGUAUGCUUCUCUAUGCCACUUCUUUCACCCGAUGGUGAUCCAGGCUACUGGCAGUCCACUGCACCUGAUAUAUUAAUUAUUGAUCCAAUAACUGGUAUAGCUAGAGCAAGGAACAUAGGACAUGCUAUUGUCAAGCAUAGUCUUGCCAGUCAUAUGCAGGGUGAGAUAGAAGUAACGAUUCAAGCAAUAUCAAAGGUAUCAAUAGUACCAUUACGAGGUAAAAAUGUAACUGGCUUUGAAGUAUUUAGUGUACCACUUGUACUUAAGAGUAAAGAUGAACAGAUUAAAGAAAAUAACGUAUUGUCAAGAGGUUUAGGAGGAUGUAGAACUUAUUCCUCAUUCGCACUUACUUCUUUUCCAUAUACAUGCAAUAUAAUUCUUGUACCAAGUAGCUCAAUUGGUGCAAAAGAUAUGUUUCUCGUUAAACCUCGAUUUAGCAUUGUGACUGGUUUCUAUUACUGUGAUAUAAUACCAAUGGGUUCACCAAAUGUAGCUCUCAGUACAUUAGAAGCUCGUAUACAAAUUAGUGCACGAAGUCGUGAUAUUGAAGCAGUUCCUUUAGAACUAACAUAUCUUCCACCUAUAUAUGUUAGCACGAAAGAAAUAUUGUUUGUCAAUCCACAUUCUCAAACAGUGCCGAUUGCCACAUUAGACAUUUUUGGAUUACGAUCAGUAUUGGAACAUGUUACUGUUGAAGUACCAGAUGGAAUAACUAUAAGCGGUCAGUUAAUAUCCAAAUCUGGAAUUCAAUAUCGUCUUCGUUUGAUGAAUAAUCAAGAUGAUGUCCAAGGACAAAAAAUAAUGAUAGCAAAUGAACUUACAAAACAAAAUAUUUCUCUUUUCAUUCGUAUUUCAAAGUAUGAUCAUUUCAUGCCAUUCUCUGGUAUUCAAUGGGUUGAUUAUGUAUAUUUUCACCGAUACACAUUUGGAACAUUUGCUGUUAUUGUGAUAACUUGUUUCUACAUAUGGAAAAAUAAAGUGACAAACGUCGACUUAACGAUAAAGAAUAAAAGUGUAUUUGCUGAUAAAUGUCCACCGCCAAUAAGAAAAACCAGCACACCAUAUUCUACUACUAUGAAUACAUCAAAUAUGUCUAGUCCUCGAAGUCCAACUUCACCAUUAAGACCAUUUUCUGCAUUUGAACCAGUCUAUGGUGAUCCUCGUGGUCUUUUCACACCAUCAGUUAGACGGAACCGAACUUUGAAUUGAAUGGUUAAUAAAAAGUAUAUGUGUUAAAACUAACCAUUCUAAUUUUCAAUGAUAAAAUCAUUGAUGAGAGUGUUCUAUAUUACUAUUAUUAUUAUUAUAUUAUUAUUAUUAUUAUUAUUAUUAUUAUUAUUAUUAUUAUUAUUAUUAUUAUUAUUAUUAUAUGUAAAAGUUCUUAUAGAAAAUCUGCAUACAAAUAUGCAUAAUGUACAUUUUGUAAUAUAGUUUUAUACCAUCAAAUUUUGUACGGUAAUCAAGACUGUAUAAACACAUCAAUAAUAGGAGCUAUAAAAUUAUGUGAUUAAUGUUUGUGCUACUACUUAAUAGAUUUAGUUAUUGUUGACUGGCAGGUUUGUGCUUCCUAGUCGAACAUUCACGCUUAUAAUUAUGAGAACAAAAAACCAUCUUGUGUUUAUUCUUUCUAUGUAAAACAAAAAAUCAUUUUUAUAUCGUUUUACAAAUUAUAAUAAUAUAUAAAUCUCGUGUACUUACAUAUUACGCCUGUUAUAAAGAUUAAAAAACUUAUUUUAUUACUUAUUUUUUUGAUAAGACGCAUCGAACGUGUGAACAAAAAAUAGAUAAAAUAUGAAGAAAAAAAAACAAAAACAAAAAACAUACAAUGUAUGAAAAUUUAAAUAAAAGUUGUUCUUACAAUUUUUAACAAAUUAACACUUGGCUUUUUUGUAUAAAUUUUUCUAUGCUUAUAAGGGACGCCAAAUGAAUUGUAACAAUUUUAUAUAUAUAAAAAUUUCAAGAUAAUAAAAUUAUCAUACUUUUCUUAUAAUCUAAAAAUAAAAAAUAAUUCCUCGAAAAAAUUAUAUAUACGAAUAGAUCCAAAAUAUUUCUAUGAAAUGUUUUUUACAAAUAUAUAAAUGCUUUUGUCAUUUAAUAAAAAGUCGGCAAUAUUUAUAAAUAAUAUCUAUUAUAAAAAUAGAUGCACAUACGAUGGAACAGUCAAAUCUCUUACAACAUUGCUAGUUAAUCUUCUUAUAAAUGACCUAGAUUUUAUUAUAAUUUAAUAUUUGUACAAAACACACACACUUAAUGUUUUUUCGUAGUUUUCAACAAUUUCUCGUAUUUACUUUUGCUGGAAUACCACAAUGCAAAUGGAAUAGCUAAUGAUGGUAAAGUCAUUAUAGCGAAUCCAGCCCAGUCAAUCUGAAAAUAAUUUAUAAUAAGAAUAAAAUCUUGAUUUUAAAUAUUUAAUAAACAAAAUAUUUACCACAUGGGAUGAAAAUUGUUUAUCAUAAUCUCUAAAUGAAACAAUCAGUCCUUCACCAGGUUCACUGCUUACUGCAACUUGAAGUCUAGAAGCGUCUUCUUUACGUCGAUAUAAAACUUCAGCAGAUGUAAAGUUAAAGUAUCCAAAUUUACGUGGUCUUACAACCACUGUAUGACUCACAUUUGUAAAUGGUGGUACUCUAUCUAUUCUAGCAUUAAGCUCUCCGCUUACAUGAGUAAAGUGAUCAGGAUGGAAAGAAUUAUCAGUAAUUUCAACUUCUAAUGCAGCUGCAUUACCAAUGUUGUAAACUGUGUACUAUUAAUUAU